AGGAUUUCCUGUCUCUCCAGAGUCCAAAGGGCUUCAUCCAUAACCACCAGGCAGCUUGUUUGCGCGUCGCUGUGCCGUUGUUCUGUCAGCUAUAGUGUGAAAUCCGGGUGGAGAUGGACGUUUUGACUGUGUUGCCAUCCAGUUUUGGAUAUGCUAUAUUUACUUACCUGUACAGCUGGAUUAUGCUGGGUUAUCUAGCGGUUAAGGUUGGGGCUGCCAGAAAGAAGUACGACGUAAAGUAUCCCACCAUGUACAGUGACAAGGAGCAAGUGUUUAACUGCAUACAAAGGGCACAUCAGAACACACUGGAGGUCUACCCUCAGUGGCUUGUCUUCCAGACCAUCGCAGCUCUUGUCUAUCCUCUAACAGCGUCUGUGUUGGGUGCUAUCUGGGUGACCAGCAGGUUUUCUUAUGCCUGGGGCUACUACACAGGAGAUCCAGCCAAGAGGAUGAACGGUGCUUAUGGGUACAUUGGGUACUUUGGAGUCAUUUUUCUUUCCAUAUCUGUUGCUUUGCAGUUGCUUGGAGUAUUUUAAGAUAAUUGUGAUGUUAUGUUUAUAUUUCCAACUAAAUAGUUGACUCAUUUACACAGCCUCAGAUCAUCUUAUUAACAUGAAUUCUUUUUAAAUUAGCUACAUGGUUCUUUAAAUGCCUUUCAAAUGUAACUAAAAAUGCAAUCAUUGUAUGAACCACUAUUCUGAGCACUUGUGUUGUUAGCCUACAUUCAAUUUAAUCAGUAAAGACCAUGCUGAUUUAUGCUAAAACUAGUGAAUGUGUACUCUAGUCUCUACCUACAUUUAAAGGAAUUGUCUGAGAAUGAAAGGAUCAGCAGCAGGCAUGAACUUCCAUGGAACUCACACAUGAUGUAUCAGGCACAAACCUCUCAGUUUCAGUUCAGUUUCUUAUGAUUUAUGCUCUGAUGUUUGUCUCAUGAAACCUGCUAAACCUUGCAUACUGUUGUUAUAUUUUAGUUGCAUACAUUUCUAUCUAUGUAUAGUGUCUUAAGAUAACUUUUGUUAUGAUUUGGCGCUAUAUAAAUAAAAUUUGAUUGAUUGAUUUGA